GGGAAAGGGGGAACGCCACAUGGACUCUGGCGAGGGAACACGUGUGCAUUCUGGCCCCGCCUACGAGAUCCGCCGGGUGGUACCUCCGCGUUCGACAGUCAGAGACCGUCUACCACCUACGGACAAUCACAACAUCCAUAGCCAAGAGAAACAUUUCUCCUGGGACGGGAUUCGAACCCGUACAGCGCACGGCGACUGAUCAGGAGACCGAAGAGUCUACUACUGCGGCCACCGCUGCUGCCU